CGUGCAGAGCUCUCCCAUGGGUUACGAGCGGAUGCUUGAAGUGCAGAACACUUGAGAGGCGAGUCGAGCACCUCACCAUCCCUCUCCACACAACACAGAGAGCAGAGCAGCCAUCCUGAACACAUUCCUGCAGCAGCCAAAAGCCCUCACUCCAGAAGCACAUGAGAAGCCUCUAAUGGAUAAAGGGAUUUUACAGAUUUGAACCCUUUGUUAUAAUAACUGCAACUAAAGAUCUCUUCGUACAUGCUCUUUCAGAUCUUUCCAGCGCGCAAAGUUCAGACGCAUCUGAAGGAACUUCGGAGAGAGUGGGAGUUUGGAGCACUCAUUUGAGACUUUCUGAACUGAUGCAGGAAUCGUUUUAAUUUCAUUUGCAUUCUUGUAUGAAUCUGUAGGUGAUGAUUUUCUUGGGAUCGUUUUUGCGCAAAGGGAACUUAUCAGUCUUUGGCGCUGCUGUGCUGGGGUUUUACUUCUGACAAUGAAAAGCAAAUGAGAGCGUUAUUCCUUCACUUUUAUUGACAGCUCAACGACAGGAUGCGGGAGCGGGAACUGCAGCGUGUGGGCAGGAGAUUGCUGCUGUUGGGCAUCUGUCUGCUGUCUCUCUGGGGUCAGCUGAGUCUGGCCUCAACACAUCGCAGCCAUAUUGUGCACGUCAAAGCAGGAACUUGUGAGGUCAUUGCAGCCCAUCGCUGCUGUAACAAGAACAAAAUCGAAGAGCGCUCCCAAACUGUCAAGUGUUCUUGCUUCCCUGGGCAAGUUGCUGGGACAACAAGAGCGGCUCCUUCCUGUGUGGACGCUUCUAUAGUAGCACAGAAGUGGUGGUGUCAGAUGCAGCCGUGUAUGGAGGGCGAAGAGUGUAAGGUGUUGCCCGAUCUAAAAGGCUGGAGCUGCAGCACGGGAAACAAAGUCAAGACGACCAAGGUCACACGAUAAUCUGGGACCAGUAUACAUUUGGGACUAGGAGUUUUUUUCUUCUGUUUUUUGAUCAAAGAAAUGGAAAUGAAGAUACAAAGACUUCAAACUACUUCACAACUAAUGGGAUCAAGUUGUUGGACCUCAGUGGACCAUUUAAAAACAUGGAAUACAUUUUUCUCUUUUCCCCCUCUUAUAUUUUCUCUCUGCCGAACUCCCAUCUUUGCUUUCUAACAGUGUCGGACAAGAUCAUACACCUUGUAAAGUAAAUAUUCCAUAAAAAUCUAGAUGUGGACCAGUUCAGAGACAAUUCUGCGAUUUCAGAACAAUGGAUUACAUUUCCUUUUUGGAGUGAAAGUGGACUUGAAAGGUUGGCUUAUUACUUGAAUCAUAUGUUCCAGAGGCACUAAUAUUCAAUCCCCUAUCCUUUGGUGCCAAAUAUUUCUUUCUUCUGCUAUGGGCAGACUUUUUCGAAUAGUGUGAAUUGUAUGAUUUUUGGGUAUGGUUUUGGGGCCACUCAGCUCCAUUUUGAAACAGCCUUGUGCGAGAGCAAGAGGCAAGUAUGACGCUAAGAAUUACAGGUAUUAUUAAUAGAUGGAAAAGUUGAAGUGGUCUACGAGAGCAGUGAAAAAGAAGAGAGCAAAAAGAUUUAUUGUUUGUUUUUAAAGGCCUUGGUGUCAGUAUUAUCUCAAAAUAAAAGUAUCUCUAUGGGAAAUCUCGUCCAGUUGUAACUUUGAAGCAUGAUUAUUUUGCCAUCAUAAAAGAGAAAGCGCAUUUAAACUUAACAUCCACCCACUGACAGAACAAAAAGAAUAAACAAUCAGACAUCAUUCAUUAUCCAUCUGUCACGAAGCAUUCGCCAGCUUUGAUAAAAUCUUCAAGAGCAUCAAGAUGUCACAUGACUAUGCUAAUGUUCACAUUGAAACUGACACGUAGCCUCUUUCUUUGAUAUACAGAUUUAUGUGCAGACGCCCAGGUUAUUAGCAUUCAGUCAGUGAGUCAUGCAGUGCUUUUGCAGCUGUCACUCAACACUUCAGACUUGCUUGCAUCGGGCAGGGCUAAUGCUAUUAGCAUAACGCCAUUUGCCAGGGAUUUUGUCUGGCUAAUUUAGCAUUAGCGAUAUCAGCAGCAGAGCAAGGAGGGCAUGGCGAGGUUACUCAAGAUGUCAUUUACUUUGAGAAGUCACACAAAGGCUUGCUCCGAACUUGUCAUAAACAUAAUGUUCAGACACUGGAGCGUUCAUAAUGAUGGACUAAUGUACUAAUGUGUUUAGCUAAUUGCAGACGGUGAGCAAGCUUUCAACUGAAAGAAUGUGUCAUUAGCCAAGACUAGGAGAUAAAAGCCUUUAGGCUUGUGUGUGUGUGUUGAGGCAGUUUUGAGUGCUUUGAAUGUGUUUUCAGGACACUGUGCUACAGGUCAUGGCAUUGGACAAAGGGUCAGUCUUCUGGAACAGAGAACUCAAAGACCUUUCUUGCCCUUGAAUCACGGUAGGUAUUUGAAGUAUUCAUAACAGUAUUAUAGUGACACUAGAAACAACCACAUUUCUAGUGUAACAUUAAUAAAAUACUUUUUCUAAACAAAUAUCAUCCUUACAGCUGAGGCAUAAA